CAGACUCUAAGUUGAAACGCCACUGCCCCACCAGUUGCAGCCAGGUGAAACGAGAUGAUGCCUUGAAGGUCUAGCCGCUAGCCGGGACUACAGGCCCAAUUUUGUAGGACUUCCUUCAUGCAGCUCUUCAAACUCUGUGGCAAGAGGAAGAAACUCCCAGAAGACACCAAAGAGCUGUGCAGGGAAGGUUUUGACCGAAGCUUGAGGAAGCAACGGUCCGAGCUGUUGGACGUCGUAGAGCUUGCGGCUGCCACUGCUUUGGGUUGCCAAAGAUCAGAGAUUGCUGCGGACACCAUCCUAGCCAAAUUGGGCUUGGAUUCUGGCGCUGCUGUCCGCUUUGUCGAUUUGCUGCAGAAAGAGCUGGACAUAGGCAGUCGGCGACUCCCAGCAAGCUUAGUCUUCGACUAUCCCAGCGUAGCAGAAUUGGUGGACCGAGGGCUUCCCCGUUUUCUGAGUGACACCAGUGACGCGGUCCUGCCACUCGCCCCUCAGGCGGCUGAGUCGAAGUCAAUUUUGAUCUCUUCGGGCGCCUGGCAGUUGCCCGGGGCCGAGGAGCUGCAGGUUUUGUGGACCCGGCAGCAGGAUGAAGUUCAGGAGAUCCCGCUGUGCAGGUGGGAUUGGACGACCUGCGAGACCUGCCAAUCCUUAGGUGUUCGGCAUGGCAGCUUCAUUGAGAACGCUGAUCAAUUUGAUGCAGAAUUCUUUAGUCUCUCAGCAGCAGAAACCCAAGUGAUGGAUCCGCAGCAGCGUCUCAUGCUUACGACUUCCUACAGAGCCUUGGCUGGGUCAGGUCAUGACAAGGCGACGCUACAAGGGACUCCCAUGGCCAUUUUUGCUGCUCUUAGCAACCAGGACUGGUACCAUAGCUCAAUGAACGCGACGACGAGCGUAUACACAGGUACAGGGGUUUCUGCUGCUGUGGCCGCAAAUCGCAUUUCGUUUACGCUGGGUUUGCGGGGGCCUAGUGCCACCAUCGAUACAGCUUGUUCUUCCUCUCUGACAGCCAUCUCGGCAGCUGCUGACAUUCUUCGACGACCUUCAAGACAUGUAGGGCCAACUUCUCGACGCAAAUUGCGAGAAUCUGUUGCAGCUGGUUGUGAACUUUUAUUGGGACCCAACUCGAUUCUGCUUCGCUCCACGGCCAGCAUGCUAUCGCCUAUCGGCCGAUGUCAAACCUUCAACGCGACGGCAGAUGGAUAUGUCAGGGGUGAGGGAUCUGGAGCGAUGCUCCUGACCCUUGGAAACGAUCCGUCCUGGUGCGGAAGUGAGGUGAUGCUGUGUGCAGCCACUACGAAUCAGGACGGUCGUAGCGCAACACUGACUGCCCCAAAUGGGCAAGCGCAAGAGGAGGUUUUACUUGAUGCUUUAUGGCUGGCCUCUGUUGAUGCCUCUAGCGUGAGCUGCGUGGAGUGCCAUGGCACCGGUACAGCCUUGGGAGAUCCCAUUGAGGCUCGGGCCUUGCGUGCAGUUCUGGGCCGAGGAACUCAGGACCUGUGGCUUGGCGCUGGAAAGAGUCACUUGGGACACUUGGAGGCGGCUGCUGGAUUCGCCGGCCUUGCCAAGGUGAUGUGCAGCUUGCAGAAUGGUGCCAUUGCGCCAAAUCUGCACUUCAACUCAUUGAACCCUCACAUCGACCUGGCAAACUCACGCCUGGUGGUGCCGACUGCGGUGAGCCAACUGCGACCAGAAGGCGGCGGGAGUCUCAUGUCAGGCCGGGUUUCCGCACUGUGCAAGACAUGCGAGGUAGACAUCUGA